GGAUUUUUGCACAAAUGGAAGGGAAGUACAAGUCAAGCAUGAAACAGUUGAAAAAAAAAAAAAAAAAAUCUUUGGAGAUUAUGAUUCGGUCCAAACAAGACCAACACCGCAAUAGUCAAGCUCUAUAAACAAAACUCAAUUUUUUUUAUUUGUGUAAAUAAUUGAGAAAUUGUAAAAGAAAAAUGAAAUUUUUGCGUAGAGAGACAUAAAAAGAUAAACCAUUAACUCUAGCAUUAGUUUCGCCUACGAACAAGCCUCAACCAACUCCUCACCUUUCCAUCAGUUUCCUACUUUCAUUCUUCUUUCUCAUUCUCCUUCAUCUUUAUCAGAAAUGGAGUACUGCAUGGAAGACAGAGCAUUGAAAUCAAGUGUAAGAGGAGAACUUACCAUGCAAAAGACCCAGCAUGUUGUUUUUGAUGAUUGUUUUGUCAUGAAUGUUGUGAACGGCGCCGUUGGGUGUGAAGAUUUUUCCGUUGAUUGUUUCUUUGAUUUCACAAACGGAGAAUUUGAAGAAGGUUACCUUGAAGAGGAAGAAGAAAAAGACUCUGUUUCUAUUUCCUCUCAAGAACGUGUAGCAGAUGAUGAUAGUAACUCUAAUUCCAGUAGUUUUUCCUUUGAUUCUCUCCUUCCGGAUGAUGAUGAAAUAGCAGGGCUUGAAUGGGUAUCUCAUUUUGUGGACGAUUCGCUUCCAGAGCUUCCUUUAUCAUGCCCUGUUUUUAGGCAGCAAAGCGAGAACCAUGCAAAAACUCGAUUUGAAAAGGAACCAGAGCCUGACUUUGUGAAAACCCCGUGUUUUCCAUCAUCGGUUCCGUCUAAAGCGAGGAGUAAAAGGGCUAAACCCACCGGACGUACAUGGUCAGUUGGGUCAAUGCCUCGUUCUGAGUUGUCGUCUUCGACGGCAUCAUCUUCAAGCACUUCCUCGGGGUUUUCCAUGACUUCGACUGUUACAGAGUUGGCAAAUGAUUUCACUGACCCGCCAACAAAGAAACAGAAGAAAAAACCUGCGGCUCAAGCUAGUGGGUUUUCAAGUGGGAACCCUUUUCAGCGUAGAUGUAGUCAUUGCCAAGUUCAAAAGACUCCACAGUGGCGAACCGGUCCUCUUGGUGCCAAAACCUUAUGCAAUGCUUGUGGUGUUCGUUACAAGUCCGGUCGGCUUUUUCCAGAGUACAGACCGGCUUGUAGCCCCACUUUUUCAUGUAAUAUGCACUCCAAUAGCCAUCGGAAAGUUUUGGAAAUGAGGCAAAAGAAAGAGUUAGCAGGACAGGACUCCGUUGAGUUGACCCAGAUGGUCCCGAGUUUUUGAAGUUAGGAAUAGCAGGAUAGGUUGCAGGUGACCAGGGGUGAACCCGGUUUAACUAUUAUUGGGUUAGGUUUUGUUAGGCUUAUACUUUUAAUCAUGUUUAGGGUUUAUAGAAAUCGCAAGUCUAAUGAUGGAGUCUAGGUAGGGUUUAACUUUUUCAUUUCUAUUUUUUUUAAAAAAUUCCUUUAGACUUUUUUGGUCAAUUUAUUUGCAAGUUUUAACAAAGAGGUAGAAAUUUACAAGUUUUAUUUUUCUGCUACUUUGAUAUUUCUUGGAAAGUGUUACUUUCAAGUGGUUUUUGACACGUUCAAAAUGAUUCACCUGGCCCUUGCUUCUUGACAAUUGAAAAGGCAACGGGUCUGAGUUUUUGCUUGUUUUGAAU